UGACUAGACAACCAUAAGCAUUUUUAGGUUGCAACUACAAACCAAAAGAAAGGAUAUAAAAUGGCAUUGGCUUAUGGAUGAAUUUGGUAAGCUAGAGUUUGAAAGUAGAGGUUUCAAUGGGGCAAUUAGUACCUCAUGUAGCAUCCGGUUUUGUAUUCACUCUUCUUGGCCUUUGGCAUACUGUGAAUACAAUCAAAACCUACAAUCUCAGAGGCUCUUCAAAUUUCAAAGUACGUUUUUGGUACCCUCUUGAUCGACCUUUUUCCAAAUUCAAGUACUUGGAGCUCAUUUUCAUGUUCUCUUUUUCGAUCAUUGCAAUUUUCAGACAAUUUUGGGACUACCCUUUUGUUCAUUUGUCUUUCAAAGUCAUCAACUUGGAGCACGCUACCAUGUUCCUACACCUUGCCAUAUUUUCAGGUUUUACCCUCUAUAACGAGUUGAAUCGCUCGUCAAAUGUAUUAUUUGGUAUCGAUGGUGUCUUUGCAGUCUGUGUUUUCAGUCAGGAGCUAUUCUUGCUCCAUUUCCACUCAGCUGACCAUAAUGGCAUCGAAGGCCAUUACCAUUGGCUCUUGCAAGUGAUAGUGUUCGCGUCUCUUGUGUCUGUACUCGUAGCUGCUUGUUGUCCUACCAACUUCCCUGCAGCUCUUAUUCUUUCAUUAUUGGUUGUUUUGCAAGGGUGUUGGUUUAUGAUCAUGGGGUUCAUGCUAUGGGUUCCAAACUUAGUUCCUAAGGGCUGCAGUAUGAGGAUAAUGGACAACGGCAAAGAUGAAAUGCUUGGAGCAGUCAUUUGUGCCUCCGAAGAAGCUGAUAUGAGGGCACGGGCACUCGCCAACCUGCAAUUCAGCUGGAUACUAGCAGGAAUUCUUAUGUUUACUGGAUUUAUAAGCAUCAAAUGUACUAAAUCUGAAAAUUGCAGCUCGAAGAUCCAAUUAACGGAUUAUGAGCAGCUUUGAGUUGCCCAAGAGAUACCCAUGUGCAUCGAUAUAGCUAUCAGCAACAAGGUUGUGAAGGAGUUGAAUCAAUUGGCUAAAAGGGUCAAGACAAUGUCAUAUGAAGAGAAAAGGCUGUGAUUGUGUUAUUAAAACCAUCAAUCAUAAUAAAUACAUAAAGAACUUAGGUAUAUCAUCCAGACGUAACUAACAUUGCACACGUUCCACGUAUCGCAAAUUGCACUCUUUUUGUUAAUUUUUAAUGGUUCAUCCCGGUACAUCUCGGAUCAAUAUUGAGACCGAAACAAACUUUUAGGUUUUUUUUUAAAAAUGUGAUAUAUAGACUAUCAAUUUUUUUUUCUUUUUUUGAGAUUUUGUAUGAAAUCUUCACUAGGACAAAGAUAGGAUUGACUAUUAAAAUCUUACAGAAUCUUUUCAAAUAUUAUCAAUCUUUUUCAAAUUCUCUAUUCUUAAUCCAAAUAUGCAAUUUAAUCUUUGAAUCUCUCAUGUCUCACUUUACGAACUCUGAAUCGAUAUUGAAAUAGGGAUUUUAACAAGGACUAUAUAUUUAAUAAUCGAAACUAUUGUUUAAGUUUUGGUGAUAUUGAAACACAUAAGCUGGAAAGGUUACAUACAUAAUAUUUGGGAAAGAUUAAUAAAAUCUAAGGAAGAUGAAUGGAAUAACAGCUAGUUUUGGUCUCCUUCCUGAACGGAACAAUCAUUAAAACAGUUGACAAAAAAGAGAGCUAUUGAUUGAUGAUGAUGGCAGUCUUACAUGAUCUUGUAGUCCAAAGAAUUGUGGAAGUGGUUCCUAUUGGAGUGGCUGUGGUUGACAAACUUUGAGUGUUAUUCCUGAUAAUUAUCCACCAACAUUUUUAGGAACAUUCAGCAUCCAACCCUGGAAAUGCGUGUGCUAUCGAGAUCAUCCAAUUUAAUUAGAAUCGCUUAUGGAGAGAGGAUCCUUCUCUUUAAUGUCCUAACUUCCGUCCCCUGUAUUGUUUGACAAUUUGACAUUCUAGCAUUUUACAGUACGAUCAAGGAACUCUCUUUUUGUUGAUACAUGCCUAUUAACUGGGAUGAAGCUUAUUUUUAUCUAAUCCCCUCAUCUCUUUCCCUGAGUCAAGCUAAGUCAAUUCAAAAUGUUUCUUACUCUUACUUCUUAGUAAUAAGUUCAUCAAGUAUCAAUUUCAAGCCAUAUAUUGCAAGAAUCUGUUUCAUGUACGCUAGGCUUUGUAUAAUCAACAAGACAACCUUUAUUUGAGAGUAAACAUGAAGGCUUGCUCCAGUGAAAUUGAAUUCUAUACACAAAAGUACAGUUCUUGGUUUCAGUCUCCUGUCUAAUUUUCAUACCAAUCUUCAUUCAACAACCUACUAACUAACACCCAAGUUCUUUACACCAAUUUGAGCUGCUGGUUGCUUGGUUUAGGAGAUUGUUUACAAUCCAACUUUCUACUACCAAAACGGUAACAGCGUGAAAUGGAUUGUAUGUGGACACAUUUUCUUUGAACUUGUUCCCUUUUUAUUUCAGUUUACUUAAGACAAAAUUGUCGUUUCAAAACAUAUUAACAGUGAAUUCAAAAACACAAUAACUUAAACUCCGUUUGAUAACCAUACUUUUAUUGUUUUUUUUUUUUUUUUGACAGUCUCCGCAAAGAAGUAGUUGAUCUUACAAUAAUUGCCUGCAAAGUUCAUUUCUUAUUCUUCUCAUGAUCCAAACAGCACAAAAAGAAUUUACAAGAAUAUGCAUUUUUUUUCAAGCAGAUGAACAAUAUACUACAAUGCCAUUAUUUUGUAAUGAGAAAGCAGGGAUAGAAAUAGGCAAAAUGAAUUUUGUCAAUUGUUUUGACUGAUGGAAACAAUUGAGUUCUACAAUAACUGGUAAAAGUAACAGAUUAACUUACAAAUUUCAGAUAACUGACCAAUAUCCUCAUCAUCAUCAACCAUUUUUGGUAGCUUUUCACUCUGCCUCCUCCACAGAUGCUUCGAUCCGAAGAAGAACAAACCCCACAGCCACUCCAAUAAGAACCAGCCCAUUGAUAAUGGCAGCAAUCCUGAAAAUCUCACCGGCGGCAUUACAAGUGGAAGAAAGAGCUCCACCGCCGUUUUUCCCCUUUCCCUUUGAUGGGUAUUUCAAAGAGCUCACAAUUUUUGCAAAUGAUUGAUCAGCACAAACGGGAAGGCCUAAGGAGACGACAUUGUUGUGAGCUUUCAAGCCACCAAAGGAGUUAAGCCCAGUAAUAUAAUGGACAUUGGUUUGCCUCUGCCGCCUUGAGCCGGCGGCGAUGGGGGCGGCGGUGGACAUGGCCGUCGAGAGGGUAGCGGAGGCAGUAGCCAUUGGAAUGAUGCCUGAAAGAAGAGGAAGAGAAGGAAGAGUCAAUAUUGAGUGAAAAGCCAGAUGGGGAAAGGGAUUUUGAGGGAAAAAAGGGAAGGGAUUGAACCUGAGUGGAAGAGAAAGUGGAAGGUGAUGAGAUGAGAAUUG